AUGAAGGGCCUCGUCCUCCUAGCCGCUGCCUCGGCAGCGUCUGCCCAUACCAUCUUCGUCCAGCUCGAGGCAGAAGGAAAGAGAUAUGGCGUCUCGCACGCCAUCCGAGACCCUACCUACGACGGACCCAUCACCGACGUGACCUCCAAAGACCUCGCAUGCAAUGGCGGCGCAAAUCCGACGACGCCCUCCAAGGACAUCAUCACCGUCACCGCCGGAACCACAGUCAAGGCUGUCUGGAGACACACUCUGACGGCCGACGCAACUAAUGUUAUGGAUCCGAGCCAUAAGGGGCCGACGCUUGCGUACCUGAAGAAAGUCGACAACGCACUUACCGACUCGGGCAUCGGUGGCGGAUGGUUCAAGAUCCAGGAGUCGGGUUACAAUGGCGGCCAAUGGGGCACCAGCACCGUCAUAUCCAACGGCGGCCUUCACUACAUCGACAUCCCCAGCUGCAUACCCAACGGCCAGUACCUGCUUCGUGCCGAGAUGAUUGCUCUCCACGGCGCUGGAUCCUCCGGCGGCGCACAACUCUACAUGGAAUGCGCCCAGAUCAACAUCGUCGGCGGCUCUGGGUCGACUGUCCCGGCGACGACAUACAGCAUCCCUGGCAUAUACAAGGCCAACGACCCCGGCAUCUUGGUCAACAUCUACUCCAUGACGCCCUCGACCACCUACAAGAUCCCUGGCCCGUCUUUGUUCUCCUGCAGCGGCGGCAGCGGCGGCAGUCCGGUCGCGUCACCCGCCUCCCCGGCCUCCCCGGCCACGACUCUGCUCACGGCUACCAAGGCGCCCGCCGCUGAACCCACCGCCCCCUCCCCGGCUACGGACGGCCAGACUGACGGCUGCUCUGCGGCUCAAUGGGCACAAUGCGGUGGCUCCAGCUUCAGCGGUUGCACCCAGUGUGCACCAGGGCUUUCCUGCAAGGCCAUCAAUGCAUACUACUCGCAAUGUUCGUGA